GUUGCACAAACCUGGAUUUGAUUUCAGCCACUCUCUCUCUCUCUCUCUCUCGUUAUAUAUUAUUCCUUACCCAAUACGCAUUUAGACAGGACCAGAACCCAUGUGGCAUUUACCGUUCCCGGUGAGGAAGACGUUGCGCCAACGGAAUCGUGCAGGUUUUUGUUUAACGACUUCUUCUGAUGCAGUUUGUGCACAGUCACAGAGCAAAGCUUGAGGAAGAAAUAUGGCGACGAAGCUGACCACUUGCUUUCUCUGCUGGAACUUCAGUGAGCUCAGCUGUUAUCACUCUAAUGCAGUUCGCUUUCCCUUGCCUUCGCAUCGGUUUCUCGGUGCUUCUUGUAGAAUGCGACAGCGUAAUCUCAGUGCCCAGCAUAAAAAGCAACAGAUCAAGAAAGCUUCUCAUGGACCCCCUCCCACUGAGGGAGAUCUCCAUUCAAGUGAAGAUGAGGACUCUGAGCUUAGAAAGGUUUCCCUGGAUGGCAUCCCAAACUUGAAUCAGGAAAUCUCGGACGCUACUACUGAUAUGGACAGUGACCGCAGUGAUCGUAUCAAGUAUAUUGAUGUGCAGAAUUUGAAUAAUCCUGCUAUACUAGCUGAACCAGCACCUUUGGGCAUAGUUGAUGUGGCAGAGCGGUUGCCAGGUAGUCAAGUAAAGGAUUUGUUAGGCUUGAUAAAAAGUGCUGAGACAAUUCUUAUGGCAGACAUCCAUCUUUUAAAUCAAGCCAGAGUUCAUGCAAUUGGAGACCUUGAAAAGGUUCUAGCUGAGAAGGAAGCAUUGCAAGGCGAAAUGAACUUGUUGGAGGUGAGGUUGGCAGAGACUGAUGCACGGAUUAAAGUUGCCACCCAGGAAAAGAUACGUGUGGAAUACCUGGAGAACCAGCUAGAGAAGCUGCAAAAUGAAAUGACUCACACAGGAAUUACUGAAGGAAGAAACAUUGAAUUGUAUUCACAGUACUCUCUGACUCGGAAUGAUAGAAUUCAUUCCCUUACUGAGGAGCUUAGCUCAUUAAGAGCAGAAAAUGCCUCCCUAAAGAAUGUCAUUGAAUCAUUGAAAGCAGAGCUUAAUGAUGUUAGGAAUACGGGUGAACAUUUAGUAAUGUUGGAAAAAGAGCGCGCAACUUUGGAAUGUGCUGUUAAAGACUUGGAAAAAAAAUUGUCAGUUUCUCAGGAAGAUGUAUCAAAACUAUCUACCCUAAGAAUUGAAUGUAAGAAUUUAUCAGAAAAAGUUGAAAAUUUGCAAUUGUUACUUGAUAAAGCAACAAGACAAGCUGAUCAAGUGACAAUAGUUUCGCAAGAAAAUCAGGACUUGCAAAGAAAGGUUGAUAAAUUGGAAAAAUCCCUUCAAGAAGCUAAUGCUUAUAAGCUGUCAUCAGAUAAAUUACAAAAAUACAAUGAACUACUGCAGCAAAAGAUAAAGCUAUUGGAAGACCAUAUUCAAAAGUCUGAUGAAGAUCUAAAUUCUUAUGUUCAGUUGUAUCAUGAGUCAGUGAUGGAAUUUCAAGACAUAAUUAAUACUGUAAAAGAAGGAAGCAAGAGAAGAGCACUAGAUGAACCAUUGGAAGAUAUGCCAUUGGAAUUUUGGAGUCGGUUAUUGCUUAAAAUUGAUGGUUGGUCACUGGAAAAGAAAAUUUCAACAGAUGAUGCUAUGUUAUUGAGAGAAAAGGUGUGGAAGAGAGAUAGGGAUAUUCGGGAUACCUACAUGGCUUGCAAAGAGCAAAGUGAACAGGAGGUCAUUUCUGAAUUUCUUAGGCUCACAUCUUCUGCAACAAGUUCAGGAUUAUAUGUGAUUCAGAUUGCAGUAGAGAUGGCACCAGUAGCCAAGGUUGGUGGUUUGGGGGAUGUUGUGUGUGGUCUCAGUAAAGCUUUGCAGAAGAAAGGACACCUUGUUGAAAUUGUUCUUCCCAAAUAUGAUUGUAUGCAAUAUGAACAAAUCCGUGAACUAAGGGUUUUAGAUGUAGAGAUAGAGUCAUACUUUGAUGGUCAACUAUUUAAAAAUAAAAUCUGGGUUGGCACUAUUGAAGGGCUUCCUGUUUAUUUCAUUGAACCCCAUCAUCCUGAUAAGUUGUUUUGGAGAGGAACAUUUUAUGGAGAGCAUGAUGAUUUCAAGCGCUUUUCAUUUUUUAGCCGUGCAGCUCUUGAGUUUGUCCUUCGUGCUGGCAAGAAACCUGACAUCAUUCAUUGCCAUGAUUGGCAAACGGCUUUUGUUGCUCCUUUAUAUUGGGAUCUUUAUGCCCCGAAGGGACUAAAUUCAGCCAGAAUAUGUUUUACAUGCCACAAUUUUGAGUAUCAAGGCGCUGCACCUGCUUCAGAAUUGGCAUCUUGUGGUCUAGAUGUUGACAAUCUAAACCGACCAGAUAGAAUGCGGGACAACUCAGCGCCUGAUAGAGUCAAUGCAGUUAAGGGAGGAGUUGUUUUCUCUAACAUUGUGACAACAGUGUCACCUACCUAUGCCCAAGAAGUGCGAACUGCAGAGGGAGGACGGGGUCUCCAUUCAACACUUAAUUUUCAUUCAAAGAAGUUCGUUGGUAUUCUAAAUGGUAUUGACACUGAUGCAUGGAAUCCUGCGACUGACACAUUUCUUGAUGUCCAGUAUAACGCAAAUGAUCUUCAAGGGAAAGCAGAGAAUAAGGAAGCCAUAAGAAGGAAACUGGGUCUUUCAUCUGCAGAUGCUCGGAGGCCAUUGGUUGGUUGCAUAACAAGGUUGGUGCCCCAAAAAGGUGUCCAUCUAAUUAGACAUGCAAUAUAUCGAACAUUGGAGCUGAGAGGACAGUUUCUUCUUCUCGGUUCAAGUCCGGUCCCGCAUAUUCAGAGAGAAUUUGAGGGCAUUGCCAACCAAUUUCGGAAUCAUGAUCAGAUACAAUUGAUAUUGAAGUAUGAUGAAUCUCUCUCGCAUGCCAUUUAUGCUGCAUCUGACAUGUUCAUCAUUCCAUCGAUCUUUGAACCUUGUGGGCUAACACAGAUGAUAUCAAUGAGAUAUGGUGCUAUACCCAUUGCCAGAAAAACUGGUGGUCUAAAUGACAGUGUUUUUGAUGUUGAUGAUGACACAAUACCUUCCCAAUUCCGAAAUGGAUUUACAUUUUUGAACGCUGAUGAGCAGGGAUUAAACGGUGCAUUGGAACGUGCCUUCAACCUCUACAGGAACAAUCCCGAGAGCUGGCAGAAGCUUGUUCGGAAAGACAUGAACAUAGACUUUAGCUGGGAUUCUUCAGCAGCUCAAUAUGAGGAGCUUUACUCAAAGGCUGUAGCUAGAGCAAGGGCAGCAGCAAAACGUGCUUAAAUUAACGUGUUUACCUUAUCACUUCUAAAGUUAAAGCUGGCUGAAGUUUCCAAUUUUUUCUAUAUAGUGAUGAAAGCUCAGAUUUAAUUGAUUGAUGAUUGCUAAAGAAUGAGAGGGAUCUAGCUGAUUGAGGAUAUCUGGCUUGGAUGAACACGUUAGCUUGAGAAGUAUAUAUUGAAUGCGUUACGAUUGGGACGUAUAUAGUUGCUGAAACUGCUCGUCUGGUUCCUCGUUUUGCAUUUGGCUGGGGUCCUUUGGAGUGGUCGAUGAAGCAUCCUGUCAAAUGACAAAAUGCUAGAUUGUAUUUUGAACUCAUACGCCUUGCAAGAUUCUGAUAUUCUUUUUCCCAAUCUUUUCUAUUUCUCAAUUUUCAAAGAGUGUAUAAAUAUAAAAUUCCUACAUGUAAAGCCUUACAACAAAAUCAAUAGAAAAUGUUUUCUGCCUAUAGCAUAUUAACGCCGUUA